AUGGCAAAAUGGGAGAAAUAUAGUAAAAUAUCCGAACCUGAUGAAUACAAGCGUGAGAAGUGUUUGAGAUCUGCUACAAACAAUGCAAUUGUGCAGGUGUUAUUGGAGCAUGACCCGGAGCUAAGCCAAACCAUAGGCCAGUCAAACGCAACUCCUCUUAUAUCAGCAGCCACAAAAGGGCAUGCAGCAGUUGUUGGAGAAUUGCUGUCAAAGGAUUCAAGCAUGACAGAGAUAUCUAGAUCCAAUGGCAAGAAUGCAUUACAUUUAGCCUCAAGGCAAGGGCAUGUGUAUAGUGUUAAAAUGUUGCUUGAGAAGGACCCACAAUUGGCCAGAAGGACAGACAAGAAAGGACAAACUGCCUUGCAUAUGGCCGUAAAAGGGGUCAGCUGUGAAGAGGUGAAGCUGCUUCUUCAAGCGGAUGCUGCCAUUUUUAUGCUUCCUGAUAAGUUUGGGAAUACGGCUUUACAUGUUGCCACCAGGAAAAGGAGGACAGAGAUAGUGAACGAGUUGUUAUCUCUUCCAGACACAAAUGUAAAUGCUCUAACAAGAGACCGCAAAACAGCUCUUGACAUAGCUGAAGGACUUUCCCUUGCUGAAGAAACGGCUGAGAUAAGGGACUGCUUGGCUCGCUACGGUGCGGUGAAAGCAAAUGAACUAAACCAACAAAGGGAUGAGCUUAGGAAAACAGUGACACAGAUCAAGAAAGACGUCCACAUCCAGCUCGAACAAACCCGAAAAAUAAAUAAGAACGUGACCGGGAUUGCCAAGGAGCUCUGCAAGCUCCACAGGGCGGGAAUCAACAAUGCCACAAACUCGGUCACAGUUGUUGCCGUGCUCUUUGCAACGGUGGCUUUUGCCGCUAUCUUCACGGUGCCUGGAGGUGACGAUGAUGAUGGGAUGGUGGUGAUGGUGAAUUGUGCAUCUUUCAAGCUUUUUUUCCUCUUCAAUGCCGUCGCGCUCUUCACAUCGUUGGCGGUCGUUUUAGUACAAAUCACGCUUGUUCGCGGUGAGACAAAGGCAGAGAGGAGGGUUGUGGAGGUGAUAAACAAGUUGAUGUGGUUGGCCUCUGUGUGCACUUCAGUGGCAUUUAUUUCAUCGUCUUAUAUAGUCGUUGGCCGGCGUAAUAGAUGGGCUGCUAUUCUUAUCACUGUCAUUGGGGGUGUGACAAUGGCCAGUGUUCUCGGCACCAUGACAUAUUAUGUGGUUAAGUCCAAACAAAAUCGCAAGGUAAGGAAGAAGUCCAAGAUCUCGAGAGGCGGAAACCACUCGUGGCGCCACUCCGAGUCUGAUUCUGAAGUGAAUCCAAUUUAUGCCAUUUAAUAUCCGUCCUU